CUAUAAAAGGAGUGGUUCCUCCUCACUCCGAAGAGUGCAUUGUAUUAAUGGCAAUUGCCAAUUGAUCGACAAAAGAAUCUUAAAAAAAAAAAGAAGAAGAAGAAGAUGCAAAGCCCCACAGGAGCGGCAAGCCUCUUCCAAAUCAUUGGUCACUUUGUUCUUUUCCUUGUCUUAUUACUUCAGCAAUUCCCAUUGUCGUUGUUGUCGGCGGAGACGACACCGUUACAAGAAGCAUGCGAAGACACACUGUACCCCGACCUCUGUGUCUCCACCCUCACCAAAUCCCUGCCGCCGCCCGACCUCCCCCGCCGGACCAUCGCCCAAAUCAUCUCCGCCACCGUCAAUGUCACCGUCUCCGAAGUCCGCGCCUCCUCCUCCAAUUGCUCCCGCCUCAUCAAAAAGAUGCCAGAGUUGGGAAUGCUUGAGAAACGGGCGUUGGACGACUGCGUGGAGUUGCUGUCGGUGACGCAGGACGAGCUGAAAAAAGCCCUCUCCGAUCUGACCAAAAACGACGCCGCUUCGCCCGCCAAGCACUACACCGACUUACAGACCCUGUUCAGCGCCGCCAUGACCAACCAGGCCACCUGCCUCGACGGCUUCGCCUUCAGCAAGAGGAACGUCCGCCGCUUCAUCGAGAAGAAGCUUCGGGAGAUCUCCCGCCACGUCAGCAACUCCCUCGCCAUGCUCAAGAAGAUCAAGAAGAAGAAGAAGAAGAAUAAAGAAGCGUUCCCGGAGUACGGGCGGGUCAGGGGAGGGUUCCCGGCGUGGUUGAAACGGCGGGACAGGGCGCUGCUCCAGGCGCCGGCGGUGAACAGGAGCGCGGUGGACUUGGUGGUGGCCAAGGACGGAAGCGGGAACUUCACGACGGUGGGGGAGGCGCUCGGCGCCGCCCCGAAUUCGAGCGCGACGAGGUUCGUGAUAUACAUAAAGGCGGGGGCGUACUUCGAGAAUGUGGAGGUGGAGAAGAAGAAGACGAAUAUAAUGUUGGUCGGAGAUGGGAUCGGAAAGACUCUCAUCAAAGGCAACCGGAGCGUCGUCGACGGAUGGACUACUUUCCGUUCCGCCACCGUCGCGGCGGUGGGGAACGGAUUCCUAGCAAAAGGCAUAACCUUCGAGAACUACGCCGGGCCGGAGAAGCACCAGGCGGUGGCGGUGCGGAGCGGCUCUGACCUGUCGGCGUUCUUCAACUGCAGCUUCGUGGCCUACCAAGACACCCUCUACGUCCACUCCCUCCGCCAGUUCUUCCGAGACUGCGACAUCUACGGCACGGUGGACUUCAUCUUCGGCAACGCCGCCGCCGUUUUCCAGAACUGCAACCUCUACGCCCGGAAGCCCCUCGCCAACCAGAAAAACAUCUUCACCUCCCAAGGCCGAGACGACCCGAACCAGAACACCGGCAUUUCCGUCCUCAAUUCCAAGAUCGCCGCCGCCGCCGACCUGGUCCCGGUCCAGUCGUCUUUCAAGAACUACCUCGGCCGGCCGUGGAAGGAGUAUUCCAGGACGGUUUUCAUGCUUUCGAACAUCGAAGGAUUGAUCGAUCCGGCGGGGUGGUUGGAGUGGAACGGGAGUUUUGCGCUGGGGACCUUGUACUACGGGGAGUACAAGAACAGGGGAGCCGGGUCGAACACGAGCGCCAGAGUGAGUUGGCCCGGGUACAGGAUCCUAAACUUGACCGAGGCGACUCAAUUCACUGCUGGGAGCUUCAUUCAGGGACAACAAUGGCUUCCGGCUACCGGGUUUCCCUUUUUUCUCAAUUUGACCGCCGCAGCCUCUUGAUUCGGUUGAUUUCUCGGGUCUGAAUUUCAGAGGUGGUUUCUCAUGAAUGAAUGAAUUGAAUGAGCGUCGCUAUUAGUCCUUCCAUUUCAUAUUUAGUGUACUUUUCAUUUUUAAACUAUAUUUUUGAAAAGUAGUAAUAAAAAAAAAACAUGUUUGCAAUGAAUUCAUUUUAAUUUU